AUGGUGCCUUUACCGUCGCACGAGAUGGAAGAAGGCGAGCGCGAGAACGAGCAGCUGUCGGACAGCGAUGGCAGUAUUCAAGGGGUCGAGGAGUAUCACACCGAAGAGGAAGACGACGACGACGGUGAUGGUGGGGAUGAGAACGAACUCGCUCCCACUAUGGCGCAGAAGGAUGUGGCACCAUACCUACCUGCGCACCUGCUCACAGCGCAACCCACCGAGCCUGUCCGGGAGGAUGCUUUGAGCGAGCCGUGGGAGUCAAUGACACGCCCACAAAAGCGAGGUCGUCAAGCGAGACUUAGGCAGCGGAGAAAGAAACAAUUGAAGCGACUUCAAGACGAAGCGGGCGCGAAUGGCGUGCUGGAGGCUGGCAGGCUUGCGCAGGGAAGACGAGGUGUUGCAUCAAAGGCCAGCAAGAGCCAUGCGAAAGAUGCUCGUCCGGUGCUGUCCGGCAGGCAACAAAUGCUCGAGCAGCGGAAGAGACAGCGUGGAACAGAACAGCCAGUCCGGCGGAGCGUAAGAGCGAAGACUGGGAGCAAGCGAUGA